CGCUCUGGAAAGAAAGAAAAAUACGAUUAAUCUUCAGAGAUGCAGUGACAUAAACGGAAUAAUAAGACGAGCAGAAAAUUUAAAAAAAAAAUAAAUAAAUAAAUAAUGGCUUCGAAUUGGGAAGAAUUUUACUCCUCUCAUCCACAACCUGCAAAUUUGAACAAAGAUGAGGAUUUGUUGAGAGAUUUUUGUGCGCGUCAUUUGAACGGGGAUACAAGAGUCGUUCUCGUUACGAGUGGCGGGACAACUGUUCCAUUGGAACACAAUACCGUUCGCUUUGUGGAUAACUUCAGCGCAGGUACGAGAGGCUCUUCCUCCACUGAAUAUUUCCUCGAUCGUGGCUAUGCUGUCGUCUUUAUGCAUAGACAUCUUUUCACAAAGUAUGUAAAAAGUUUGUUCAUGCCAAGAGACGUGAAAAAAAUGUAUAGACAGAUAUUGGGUUUCAGGGUAAAAUCCUUACAACCAUUUUCAAGGCAUUUUUCUGGACAGAAAUUUCUGAAUAUGCUUGAUUUGAACGAAACAAAGGAUGGAACUUCUAUUACCGUGACAUCGGAAAAUGUUUCAAGAAUAGCAGAUGUUUUGAGAAAAUAUAAAUCUGCACUUGAAUGUGGAAAAUUACUUGAAUUGAGUUUUACAACGGUUUACGAGUACCUUUGGUUACUAAGAUCUGCUUGCCAGAUUUUGGCACCCUUGGCUGAAAGAUGUAUUCUAUACCUGGCAGCCGCAGUGUCUGACUUUUACAUUCCACCUAAUGAAAUGUCGGUACAUAAAAUUGCUUCUACCAAACCCCAGACUAUAUCUCUUCAACUGGUACCAAAAAUACUAGCUCCUUUGGUGAGCCUCUGGGUGCCUAACGCUUUCGUAGUAUCUUUUAAAUUGGAAACAAACAAGGAUCUGCUUAUCGAUAAGGCGAGAGAGGCUCUCAAUAAGUACAAACACAAAUUGGUCAUUGCUAAUAUGCUUCAAAAUUAUAGAAAAAAGGUAACAAUGGUAACUCAGCAAAGUAGCUACGUAAUUGAACUUACGACAGAACAGUCGAAUGCUGGAGAAGAAAUAGAAAUGUAUAUAGUGAAAAAUGUUGUCGAUAAGCAUGAGGAAUUUAUUGCCGAUCGCAGUGGGAAGAGUUGAUGGUUUAAAGUAACAUAUGUCUAUAAAAUGACGGUAGUCAAAUUUCAUACUGUAUUGUAAAGUGGUGUUUUAGAACAGCUCGCUGCAAGGGUACGGAACUGACGGUAAUUAUGGAAAAUGCGUCCUUGGCAGGGUACUCCAAGUGAACUUUAUACAAAUUAGGCAACAAACUACCAGCUGGUAAUUCUUUCUCUGUAAAUUCUCUGUAAAUAAUCGAAUCCAAAAAAAUAAUCGAACACUCGCCAAACUUGCGAUGUGAAAAGACAGCGACCCCGAAUGAAACUAGCUGAUUUUUGACAAAAUGAAGUAGAUAUAUAGUCAUAGCGAUUUAUGAAUUGUGGAACGAAUCUUGUGAUUGAUAUUUUCCUGAUUGUAAUCGGUUUCCAUGAUCCGAUAGCACUAAAAAGUUUCAUGCACUCUCAAAGUUACGAAAAUAUUUUAAAGCUUACUGCUCACGUUAUUACUCCGCAGUUUUCGAUAUUCAACAUACAUAAAUGUGAAACAUUAAAAUCCUACCUAAUAGUUAAAUGAAUAUCAAAAUGUCUUAUCAUUCUUCAACGUUAUUCCCUAAUUUCUGUAUAAUGGAUUAAAUGUUUCGAAAAAGGAUCAAUUAACUUACGGCUAAUUAUUUCGACUUUAGAUACACAACUUAUCAUCAUAAAUUAUUGUACAACUUAUCCCAUAAACUUGAAAAUAACGAGCGAAUCCGCACAUAAUAUUUUGUUAUUAAUAAAUGAAAUUAAAUAAACCAAUUCCUCGACAUCA